CGCUGCAGAAUGCUUAUGCUUAUCAAGCAGAAUUGAAUUUCAUUGACUACCUACCUACCUAGCUUAUCCUUAUCGAUCAGGCCACGAGGUGUAUACCUGAAGAAGAAAGGAAGGAAGGGAGGGAGGGAGGAAGAACCCUGGAAGAUUCUAGGUGGAUUGUGGGGAUCAGAUCAUGGAUCCAUCGUGAAUCACGCCCUUCGUCCGGUAACAGGGCCAGUCGCCGGCAUACUGUCCAAGUAUGGACGCGAACAGUUGUAUCUAUUUUCGGAUUCCUUUUCUAGCUAUCUUAUGAGUAACGUUGCUUAUUGUGGUGGACUUACUGUCAGAUGCUCAACAUGUUGCAACACAAUGGAAGUUGUUCAGUACCUGAGUGAACCCAACCCUAACCUGAACCAACCUGACCUCAAACAGGUAGCUUCGCUACAUACAUACAGCCUGCAUGUAUACAAUCAAAGCCAACCCAAUCGAAUCUCCCACAAAUCCAAUCCACCGACGAUCCCUGAACAUGCACCCCUCAGGGCGUGCGUGGAACGUAAGUCUCGGACCACCGGAGAACCACCCACCACCUCCCACCUCCCGGAGCAGACUCAGCCGAAGACCACCCGUACAGUUCACCGGGCCAUUUCCUCCCGCUGUCCCAGUAGUACAUAUCCCGCCGGUCACCCGGUGCUCACCCCGUCCCAGACACAACCCCCAAACAACGCGCAUCAUCUUCCCCUUGCCCCUUUAAGUCACCAACUCGACGGACCAAUGAUCCCCUCGGUAUUGAGAUCCCGAGGUCCACUAUACCCCUACUCAAAGUGUCAGGCAGGAGCGUGGACCACCGACCACGCGGAUCCCCACUGGCUAGCCCCGGGGUGGUUGCAGGGCUUGCAGUCAUUAGAGGAAAGUCUAUUUUGAAGCCAGGCUGAAGAGGAAAAGAGGAGGAGGGGGGGGUCAUCUGGUCGGGUCUAGAUGAAUCUGGAUCCUUUUGCCACGAGACUCCCGGGCUGGGUUGCUGGCUGGCCAGCCAGCCUGACCUGACCUGGGUUGAAUGAGGUCACAGGUGGCUGAUGGCU